CCUGGCCCUGCCUCCCGGGCUGCUACCGCCGCCGCUGCUGCGCUGGGCGCGCGGCGAUGUCAGCGGCUGGAGUUCGCGCGAGCGGCCUUCAUGAAGCUAAGCCGCGGUGGCGGAUCUUUCGGCCUCUGACUUGCCCCCCUGGUUAAAAGGAUGAAACCAUGGGACUUAACAUCUCCUGCCUGAAAGGCUUCAAAAUGUGUGUAAGCGGCGCUGGGGUCGGCAGCAGCGAUGUGGCCGUCAUGGCUGAGAAAAGGCUAAGAGUCCCAGAUAUUAUUAUCACUCCCCCGACCCCCACGGGGAAGGCGCUUUUGAGAGAGCCCAGCCUGGAUAGCGAUGAACCUCAAGACACCUGCUGAACCAGAAGGCAGAGAUGUAGCCUCCCGGCCAAGGAGAAGAGGCAGCCCAUGGCAUUGCUAGAGAACGGGGUUCUCCAACAUCUUGAUGAAGAACUUCUCCAGCCUCUGAGUUUUGCAAACUCCCAUUUCUUCUCCCUUUUGCCGGGCUGUUUAAAAAUGGACCAACAUCUCCAGAUAUACCUCACUCACCCUUGAGACCAUGGAACCUGUUGCAGACCUGGAACAGGCAAAGGGUCAUUCAAGGAAUCUGCCAAGCCGGUGUCUACUUGGAAGAAGAUCUAUGGUGAUCGUAAGGAUUGUGGAGCAAUGGAUGGGUGGGGAGAUACUUGGCAGCAAGACCUGCUGAUGGCUUCCAAGUUCUUUAGUGAUGUUGCUCAACUUGGACCCAGCCUAGGUCAUUGUCUGAAGGGAAAGAACACUGACUUGCACGGAAGAUCCAGAUCCUCUGUUGGUAUCUAAGAGCAGAUUUAAGGAGAAAUGGGAUGAUUUCAAGAGCAAAGACUGAAGUCGUAUGGCUUUCUUUUUUUGCUGCUGCUGUUCGAUCUCCUGUUUGGAUGGUCCCUCCUUCUGAGCAACACUAAAUUCUCAUGGGUUUUUUCUGUUGUGUUCAAGGUGGAUGGGGCAACCCUUCCAGCAGAUGUCCCUCUGCGAACUGGGAUGUAAGACUACUUUAACAAAACAAUCUAACUCUGUUUUGCUCCAAGAUCCUGAGUGGAUGGAGGAAAAGUGCCCUUGGUUUUCUCCCCUGGUCCUUCUUUUCAGGUAGAGGUGGUCUCUAGGUCUUAGAAGCAACUAAUGAAGAACUUGGGAAUGGGUUUAAGUAAGACUUGACCCUAAGCGGGGAACUUUCUCCAAAAGUUAAGAAGCCAUAGACCUGAUAGGAAAUUAACAGACUUGUCGUGAUUUUGCUAACCCGGUUAGGAAUUGGGCUAAUUGGAUGGGACUGGGAAGGAAGGUUAUGGAGAUUCUAUUUAGUUUGAGCUUCUCCAAGAAGAGAGUUCUGUACUUGCAAGCGACAUGGUGGGGGCAGGAUAGGAGCCAAAUCUGACUGUCUCCAACCUAGCAUCUGUCCUCUCCAUUUGUUCUGGGUGCUGUUUUUCUCCUGGUGUCUCCAGAAGGUGCCAAGACAAAGAAAGCAUCCUAGGAGCCAUUCUGAUUGGAAAUGAUGGUUGCUGUGGUACAACGCUUUGGAUGGGUACUAGAUUGGAGAAGACAGACUCGACUCACAGUAUAAGGAAUGCAGUGAAACCUUAAUUUCCAAGAAUUUGGGUUUCCAGGCCACAUGCCAUGAGUGAAAUUCCAUAAUGAUCGGUGGGGUUGACUUCAUUGUACACAAAUCUGAUUCGCACCAGUUUGCAUCAGUUGUGUGAUCUGCAGUGCUGCCCUCGUGACUUUAGUGAUGUAGGCUGCCUCCUUUCCACAAUCAAAACAAAGUUUCAUUAAAAAAAUGAGAAGGAAGGUGAUUUUCAUCCAGCCAGAAAGAUUCUCUGUUGGAGGGAACGUUGUCUUCCUUGCCACCUAAUGCUGGAAUGGAAAGAAGUCAGAUGGAUUUCAUUCACAGCCAAUGAGAGAGUAAAAUAGUGGGUUUGUUGUGGAUAGAAUGAUCCUAAUCUAAGAUGAAUGGCAUAAGAGAUCACCAUUGGUUUCCAUCAAGACUGACAUCAUCAAAUCAGACUAGAAUAGAGCUGGAAGGGACCUUGGAGGUCUUCUAGUCCAUCCCCUGCUUGAGCAGGAGACCGUAUACCAUUCUGGACAAACAGCUGUCCAGUGAUGAAGCCGUUCUUUUCCAUAGCCAGAUUUUGACUCUUGAUCAAAGGCAUCAAAACUCUCUCCACCAACUUUGUGCCAUGAAGCAAUUAAAACCGACUCAACCUGCGUUCUACACUCAGGAUGAAAGACGAUGGACUUAUAAUUCCAGAUGGAAUGUAUUGUUGGAAUAAAUCCCCAAGGAUUGUUCCCCGAUUCUCUCAAGCUCGGCUAUAUAAGAAGGUGGGGUGCAGUUUCCCCCCUUUUAUCCCAUUUUAUAAUGGUUGCAAAACAGACAUUCAGUUUUCAAUCAUUGUUUCAUGCCUCCAGGUUCAUUCAAAUGAGAUGCAAACGUUUUAAUUGAAUGCGAGAUCCGACUGAGUGUUUUGUUUCCAAUUUAGCAUGAAUUGGCAUGUUCUAGGUUUUUUUUUCCUCCUUGAAAAGUCAUGUUUUCCAAGUCUUUGGAGUGGGUGGAAUAUUUAUAAAGCAUCACAGUUUUAUUACACCACAUUAAAAAAUUUUUCCACCUGA